AUGGCGCCCCACGCAACAGGUGGAUAUGAGCGCAGGCGUUCAUCCUCGUUCCAGCAACAGCAGCAGAACCAGCCCAACGCAAAGUUCAAGUUCCCCGACUACAAUGAACAGGAGGUCUUCGAGGAGGACGGCGACGAGGUAGGCCAGGGCGGCGACAGCCCGCGACCGCUUCCCAAUGGCCUGCCACAAGGGAUGCACUCCAGCGAACGCUGGCCAGCGCGACGAGAAUCGGCACUUAAGAGCUGGGCGACAGGAGGUAUGAAUGGAAGAGCAGGCGGCACGAGCAGACAUGGCAGACAAAGAAGUCUGAGCGAGGCUAUCCGAAUCGUGCGCACCAGGAGAGGCGCAAGCAUUAGCGAGAAUGCACAUGAGAUUGCCGAAUCGCUCAAGGCGCCCGUGUCGAUGAAGCUAGUUGUAUGUUCUUCCAGCACCACACCUCCCAGUAUAACUCUCCCCUGGCUGAUACACUUGCAAAGAUGCUCUGCGGCUUCUGGUAUGCGACCUCGAUUCUCACCAACACCUCAUCCAAGGCCAUCUUGACCGCUCUGCCCAAGCCAGUCACUCUGACUAUUGUGCAAUUCUUGCUCGUGUCCCUGCUCUGUAUGUCUCUUUCGUGGCUCGCGAAGCGCAACUCCGCAGUAAGAGAGGCCUUGCCCGUGUUGAAGAACGGCAUUCGCAGGCCCAACAAGGACCUCAUCAUGGCCACCCUGCCCUUGACAGCCUUCCAGAUCGGAGGCCACAUUCUCAACUCCGAUGCCAUGUCGCGGAUUCCGGUGUCUCUGGUGCACACAAUCAAGGGACUCUCCCCUAUGAUGACCGUCAUCGCCUACCGAAUGUUUUUCGAUAUUCGUUAUUCGAUUCCAACCUACCUUUCCCUAGUGCCCUUGACACUGGGAGUAAUCAUGGCAUGCUCGGCGAGUUUGGCCGGCAACUUUGUUGGAUUAACGUACGCGUUCGGGAGCGCCGUCUUGUUCGUCACGCAGAAUAUCGUGUCCAAGAAGAUUUUCAACGAUGCAGCAAAAGCCGAGGCAGACGGAACGCCCAUCGGGAGGAGAAAGCCAGAUAAGCUGAACUUGCUGUGCUACUCCUCGGCCCUCGCAUUCCUAUUCACUGCGCCCAUUUGGCUGUGGUCCGAGGGAUUCUCGAUUGCCGCUGACUUCUGGAAAGACGGAUCGAUUGAUCUGAGGCAGCGACCGGGAUCUCUGGAUCAUGGACGGCUCGCCGUGGAGUUCAUUUUCAAUGGCACUUUCCACUUCUUGCAGAGCCUCGUGGCAUUUGUGUUGCUUGGAAUGGUUUCACCCGUGACAUACUCCGUCGCCAGCUUGAUAAAGCGAGUGGUGGUCAUCAUGUUCGCCAUCGUCUGGUUCGGCAAUCCAAUGACGACCAUCCAAGGCUGCGGGUUUGGACUCACGUUCCUGGGACUGUACCUGUACGACCGCACGUCGGACGCGGCCAAGAAAGACAAGCACGCGCGGGAGAAAGAAGACAGCAAAGAACCGCUGUUGCCAUUGAGUACCGGAGAUGCGAAGAAGAGCGAUGCUCCGGCUUUCACACAGUCGCCUAUGAACAUGGACGAAUCUGGACGCACGUAUCUGGGUAGCACGGGUUACGCGAAUGGUGAUCCGAAUGGGAGUGGGCCGGGCAGACCGCGUGCCAACAGCGCGUCGCCAAAUGCCAACGGCGUUCCCAUAUCGCUGCCACCUGGGACCAAGGCGCAGGAAACGUGGCAUACAGGCGAUCUAGCGAGACAGCAGCCGGCGACGGCUGUCAGAUGA